AUGAGGACUGAGAUAUUAAAACUUGAAAAGGACACUGAGAGUAAAACAAAAGAGGCUGAGCUGAUGGAUAUACAGCAACAGAAAGAAAACCUUGAGAAAAAGAUUCAGAAAAUGACACGUGAAAAGGGAGAACUGGAAGUCCUAAGGUCUGAGAUAGUCCUGGAAAAGAAAGAUCUGGAUCAGAAGAUGAAACAAGUUAUCAGAAAGAGGGAUGAUAUAGAGAAAAUGAAGACUGAGAUAGCAAAGGCCAGAGAGGAGAUCAACAGAGAGAGGCAAGAGCUGGAAAUUCUCAGGAAUGAUGUUCAAAGUGCAAGAGAAGAUUUUGAACGAUUGGUGGAGAGAACUGCACAUCUACAAGAUGAAGAAAAUGCCAAUGCUGACAUCCAAAGAUUGAUUUUAGAGGUCGUGAAAAUCAGGGAAAUGGUGAGAAAUCUGAAGAUUUACAUGGACAGCAGGAUGGAUGAAAGUAAUGCAGAGAAAGAUGAUAAGGAAAACUUAAAGUCUGAGAUCCAGAGGGUCAUUCAAGAUAUUGGACAAAUCCGGGAAAAUCUAGGAAGCCUUAGAGCAGAGAUAGAAACCACCAGAAGAGACAAGAAUGGCCUUGAGAAGAUGAGGGCACAACUUGUAGAGAAGCAACAAGAGGAAGAAAGCAUGAGAAAAAUGCUGCAGAAAGAAAGGGAAGAACUGGAGCAGUUGAAGGAUGAGAUCAAAAGAGAAAAGGAGGAUGUGGAGACCAAGAGAGAGCUGGUUGAGGCAGAAAUGGCUAUGGACACAAGGGAGAACAAGCAAGAACUUGAAAGGGUCAAUGAGGAACUCUUGAGAAACCAUAGUCAUCUGGAACAGCUCAACAGAGAUAUACAAAACCUGAGGCAAACCAUGGAAGAAAUGAAAACAAUGCAUGACAAGAAAAAGUCUGAACUAGAAGGCAUUACUUCUGAGAUAAAGAGGAGACAGCAGAUACUGGAGAAACAAAAACAUGAAAUGGAGGAGAAGGGUUGGAUCCUUGAAGAGAUAGAGAAGAAGAAAGACACACUUGAAAAGAUCAAUAUGCAAAUUCUGAGAAAGAGAGACAAUUUGGAAAAAGAAAAGGACAAUUUAAGACAAGAGAAGCAAGAGUUUGAGCUCUUGAGAGGGGAACUACAAAGACAGAGAGAUGAUUAUGAGUCCUCAAGACAAGCUUUGAUCAUGGAGAAGGAUCAGUUAGAAGACGAAAAAGCUGAAAUCAAUCAACAAAAGCAUGAAAUGAGUGCUGCCAUGAAGGCCAAUAAGAUAGAACUGGAAAAUCUAGAAAAUUUGAGGAAUGAACUAGAAAAUCAGAGGGCUAAGUUAGUCGAAAACCUCAAUGAUGCCACGAAAAUGGAAGAUAAACUACAAGAGAUGAUGAGUGAAUUAAACAAAGAAAAAGAGCAAGUGGAAGAAAUGAAGCAGAUGGUCAACAAAGAGAGAGAUUUGAUUGAACAAGAGAAAGAAGAUGUUAGAAAACAGACUCAUCAGCUUAGCGAUGGCCGUGCUGAGCUUCAGAAGAAGUCAGAGAUCUCCGACCGGCUGAUUCAGGAGGCAAAUCGUGAGAGAGAUAGAUUAACAGACCUCAGUCUAAAACUUCAAAUGCAAAAAGAAGAUAUAGAGAAAACCAUCACAGAAAUGGAGGCCGUGAAGAAAGAUCUCAAUAUAAUGAGUGCAGAAGUUCUAGAUGACAAGACACAACUGAAAAAUGACAGGGAUGAUUAUGAAAUGGAAAAGACACAUUUGCAGCUUAAGAUCGAAGAGUUAGCGAGAGAAACAGAGGACCUGGAAAGAAAAACCUUACAGCAGAGAGAACAAGAUGAGAUAGCAAAACAAGAGAUUCAAAGUCAGAGAGAGGCUCUAGAGCAAAUUAAGAUGGAUGUUCUAAAGGAAAGGGAUGAGAUUGACAAAGAGAAGGAAAAUAUACAUUCAGAAAGACAGAAACUGGUUACACUUCAAAGAGAAUUGCAAAGAAAGGAAAGUGAGCUUGAAAACAAAGAAAUCUUGGAGGUUAAAAGCAAUUUGGAAAAGAAGGAGGCAGAAAUUGAAGAGGAGAGACUGCAGUUAGUGGAAAUGGGUGAAACAAUGAAGAGAGAACACAAUGAAUACAGAAGGAUGAUUGCAGAAGUACAGAAAGAAAAAGAGCAGAUUGAAAUCAGCAAAACGUGGAUGGAUCAAGAGAAGAAAGAUCUUGAAAACAUGAAAAGUGAUCUGGAGAAGCAAUUACAAAAUUUAAAAGUUGAAAAAUUACAUGUACAAGAUGAGAAGAAUGCACUAGAACAGAUAAGGACAGAAUCUGAGGAGAUCCAAAAUGUUAUCAAAAAGGAGAGAGAGGACCAGGAAAAAUGUUGGAUGGAGAUUGAGGGAGAAAAGCAACGAGUGGAGGAAGAAAUCCGACAAUUAAAGAGACAGAGGGAAGAAACUGAUAAACUCCACAGUGAGUUACAAAACAAUAGAGAGGACAUUGAAAGUAGCAAAGACAAGAUUGAUAAAGAAAUGGAAGAAUUAUUGCAAACGAGGGUUGAGCUGGAAAAGAAAAAAGAAGAAAUAGACAAGGAUAAUCAAAAUCUUCAAGACGCUAAAUUUGACCUUGAAAAGACUAAAGCUGAGAUACAGAGACAGACAGACAAAAUGAAAGACAUAAUAGAAAUGAAAAUACAAAUAGAUAAAGACAGAGAAGAAAUUAAAUGUUUGUCUAAAGAGACUGAAAUAAAAAUGAGGGACCUUGAUAUGAUGAUGAAGGAGAUGGAGAGACAAAGGCAAGAAAUUGAGAAAACAAAAGCCAUUCUUGAAAAGGAUAAGACACAAAUUGACAAAGAAAAGAAAGACCUGGAAAAACAAAUGGUGGGUCAGAUUGAGGAGAUUCAAAACGAGAGACUGGCCCUUGAGGAGAUAAAGCAUGAACUUCUUCGUGAAAAACAAGAAACAGAGGAAGAAAAGAAUAACUUAAUAACUCUAAGAAACAAACUAGAAGUUUUAAGAGCAGAGAUAAAGAACCAGCAGGAUGAAAAUGAGAUUGUGAAAAAGAAGCUUCUUUUGGAAAAAUCAAACACCGAGGAACGACAGGCCGAAGUGCUCAACCAGCAGCUACAGAAUGAUCAAACCAAGGAGGAAAACAAGAAAGAGGGAGAAAAUAUAGAACAACAGAGGUUUGAACUUGAACAGCAGAAACAGACGUUGGUGCUUAGAAACUUAAAAAUGAUGGAGGAAACGCAAGAAAUGGAAAACAGAAAAUACAUGACUAACAAAGAAAGAGAUAAGGUUGAUCAAAUGCAAGCUGAGAUACAAACUCAGAUUCAGUCAAUUGAACUACAAAGGCAAAUCCUCCAAGACAAGCAAAAAACUCUUGAGGAAAAAGAGGUAAUAAUACAGAGGAAGGGAGAGGAAGUAGAGAGGAGAAACAUGGAAUUAGACGGAAUUGCUGGUCAGCUUCAGAUUGAACAAGAACAUUUAGAUAAUGUUCGCGAGGAAACCAAUAAGAGACAACAUGCCCUUGACGUGAUGCAGGUUGACAUAGAAUUGCAUAAACAGAAAAAUAAUAAGGACUUUGAGUUUCUUGAGAAGAUCCGACAUGAAAUAGAAAAAGAAAAGUUAGAAAUGAAGCAGAAAAAAGAUGAUCUGCAGAUCUGGACUGAACAACAGAAAGAAGAGGUUGAAUCCCAAUUAGAAGAGCUAGAGAAAGAGAGAGAAAAAAUGAAACAGAUUCAAAGAGAGCUUCACACUGAGAGAGAACAAACUAUGAAAUGGAAAGCUGAUAUAAGUAGGAAAAAUGAUGAAAUAGAGACCAUGAGACAAACAGUUAUCAUGGAGAAGAUUGAACUGGAGCAGAAAGAUACAUAUAUUACUGAGCAGCAGCAAAGACUGGAUCAAAGUAUAAGAGAGAUGAAGGAAGAAAGACGUGAAAUGGAUAAGAUAAGGAUUGAACUAGAAGCUCAGAGACAACAAAUGGAAGAGGACAUGAGGAUAAAAGCAAAACAGGAAAGAGAACUUGCACAACUGAGAGAUGAAAUACAAAGCGAAAAACAAGACAUUGGUGAAAACAGGAACAUGACUAACAAAUUAAUGGAAGAUCUGGAAAUCAUGAAAGCCAAGCUGGUGGAACAAGAAGAAGAGAUCCAAACUGAAGCAGAAAAAUUGCAGGUGGAGAGAAGACUGGUUUCCAAGACAAAAUCUGAGGUGCAGAAUGACACUGAAAAUCUGACGAACAUCUUAGAAGAGAUCAGAAGGGAGCGAGAAAAACUGGACAUAAAGGAGGCCCACCUUAAACUAAUGAAGGAGCAGUGUGACAAUAUCAUGGAAGAAACUAAGAGGAAGAAGAGUGCACUGGAAAAGGCUGUUGAUGACAUAGCAGAGCAAAAUCAAAAGAUUGAGAUCAAGAAAGAUCUUCUAGAAAAAGAGACACUGAAACAGAAAAAAGACAUUGAAACAGAAAGAGAAGAUUUACAAAGACAAGCAGAUGAACUGAAACUGCAAAUGACAAAACACAGAGAAAAGGAAGACAUUAAUAAAAGAUCAAUGGAUGAUUUCCUGAGCCAGAGAGAUGAAUUAGAGAAAGAAAAAGAGGACAUGAUGAAGAAGUGGAAAAAACUGGAGGUUCUUCAGAAGGGAAUACAAAAACAAAAAGAUGAAAUGGAAUCAAUGCAAAAUGAGUUACAGAAUGAAAAUAUUAAAAUGAAUCAACACCAGCAGAAAGUAGAAGGGAGUUUAAGGGCCAUGAAUGAGGAGAAGAAAGAUCUGGAGAAAACGAGGAAUGAUUUUGAAACACAAAUGGAACAGAUGAGAGUAAAAGCAAAGAUAGAGAGAGAAGAACUUAAUCAGAUACAGGCUAAACUGGAAAUUAAGAAAACAGAAAUAGAAAAUGAACAGAAAAAAAUGGAUGAUGAUUGGAAGAUGAUUGGACAGGAAAGAAAGGACCUGGAUAAAAUGAGGACUGAAAUAAUGACACAAAGACAUCAAAUGGAAGACGACAUGAGAGAAGCAAUCCAACUAGAGAGAUCAGCACUUGACCUGAAAAUACAAGAGAUUGAUCUAGAAAAGGACACAAUUGAAAAGAACACAGAAAUAAUUCAAAGAUUAAUGGAUGAGGUGGAGGAACAGAGACAUGAUAUUGCAAUCCAGAAAGAAGAGCUUGAACUUGAGAAACAAAAGAUCACAGAUGAAAAAUAUAUUCUGGCUGAAAGAAAGAAUGAACUGCAAAAUGAAAUUGAAAGAAUCAGAUAUAUGGAAGAGGAAAUAAAGAAGGAAAGAGAAAAACUUAAGGAAAUGGAAGCUAAUCUACAAAAGGACAAAGAUUUAAUUGAAAGUGUCAUUGAAGAAACAAAGAGACAAAAAGAGGAUCUGGAAAAGAUGAGCACGGACAUAAAUGAACAAAAACAAGAGUUGAAGAACUCCAGUGACCUUCUAGAACAAGAAAGAGGAGACAUUGCAAAUAAAUGGACACAAUUACAGCAGAGAAUUGAUGAAUUUGAGGAUCAAGUCAGAAAACAGAAGGAAGAGGAUAUAACAGAACAGAAGAAGAUAGAGAAAGAAAGAAAAAGUCUAGAAAAAUCCAAAGCUGAGAUCUUAGAGGUGAAGACUAAAGCUGAGCAGGAACAUCAUGACAUAAACCUAAAAACACAAGAGUUAAACAUAUUGAAAGAACAGAUUUUGAAAGAAAAGGAGAAAGAAGAAGAAAUAAUAGUACAAGCAAAGAUGGAGAGAGAAGAACUUGAUGAGAUCAAGAGUGAAAUGGAGAGAGAGAAAACUGAAAUAGAUAAUGAGCAGAAGAAAAUGGAUGAUGACAGGAAGAUGAUUGAACAGGAAAGAAAGGACCUGGAGAAGAUGAGGACGGACAUAACUGAACAAAAACAAGAGUUGAAGAACUCCAGUGACCUUCUAGAACAAGAAAGAGGAGACAUUAAAAAUAAAUCGACACAAUUACAGAAGAGAAUUGAUGAAUUUGAUGCACAAGUCAGAAAACAGAAGGAAGAGGAUAUAACAGAACAGAUGAAGCUGGAAGAAGAAAGAAAAAGUCUAGAAAAAUCCAAAGCCGAGAUCCUAGAGGUGAAGACUAAAGCUGAGCAGGAACAUCGUGACAUAAACCUAAAAGCACAAGAGUUAAACAUAUUGAAAGAACAGAUUUUGAAAGAAAAAGAGAAAGAAGAAAUACUAGUAAAAGCAAAGGUGGAGAGGGGAGAACUUGAUCAGAUAAAGAGUGAAUUGGAGAAAGAGAAAACUGAAAUAGACCAUGAGCAGAAGAAAAUGGAUGAUGAAAGGAAGAUGAUUGAACAGGAAAGAAAGGACCUGGAGAAGAUGAGGACUGAAAUAAUGACACAAAGACAGCAAAUGGAAGAAGACAUGAGAGAGGAAAUCCAACUAGAGAGAUCAGCACUUGACCAGAAAAUACAAGAGAUUGAUCUAGAAAAGGACACAAUUGAAAAGAACAAAGAAAUAAUUCAAAGAUUAAUGGAUGAGGUGGAGGAGCAGAGACAUAAUAUUUCAAUCCAGAAAGAAGAGCUUGAACUUGAGAAACAAAAGAUCACAGAUGAAAAAGAUAUUCUGGCUGAAAGAAAGAAUGAACUGCAAAAUGAAAUUGAAAGAAUCAGAUAUAUGGAAGAGGAAAUAAAGAAGGAAAGAGAAAAACUGAAGGAAAUGGAAGCUCAUCUACAAAUGGACAAAGAUUUAAUUGAAAGUGUCAUUGAAGAAACAAAGAGACAAAAAGAGGAUCUGGAAAAGAUGAGCACGGACAUAAAUAAACAAAAACAAGAGUUGAAGAACUCCAGUGACCUUCUAGAACAAGAAAGAGGAGACAUUAAAAAUAAAUGGACACAAUUACAGCAGAGAACUGAUGAAUUUGAGGAUCAAGUCAGAAAGAAGAAGGAAGAGGAUAUGAAAGAACAGAAGAAGAUGGAAGAAGAAAGAAAAAGUCUAGAAACAUCCAAAGCUGAGAUCCAGGAGUUAAAGACUAAAGCUGAGCAGGAACAUCAUGAUAUAAACCUAAAAACACAAGAGUUAAACACACUGCAAGGACAGAUUAUGAAAGAAAAAGAGAAACAAGAAGAAAUGAGAGUAAAAGCAAAGAUUGACAGAGAAGAACUUGAUCAGAUAAAGAGUGAACUCGAGAAAGAUAAAACUGAAAUAGAUAAUAAGCAGAACAAAAUGGAUGAUGGCAGGAAGAUGAUUGAACAGGAAAGAAAGGACCUGGAGAAGAUGAGGACUGAAAUAAUGACACAAAGACAGCAAAUGGAAGAAGACAUGAGAGAAGCAAUCCAACUAGAGAGAUCAGCACUUGACCAGAAAAUACAAGAGAUUGAUCUAGAAAAAGACACAAUUGAAAAGAACAAAGAAAUGAUUCAAAGAUUAAUGGAUGAGGUGGAGGAACAGAGACAUGAUAUUGCAAUCCAGAAAGAAGAGCUUGAACUUGAGAAACAAAAGAUCACAGAUGAAAAAGAUAUUCUGGCUGAAAGAAAGACUGAUCUGCAAAAUGAAGUUGAUCAAAUCAGAUAUAUGGAAGAGGAAAUAAAGAAGGAGAGAGAAAAACUGAAGGAAAUGGAAGCUCAUCUACACAAGGACAAAGAUUUAAUUGAAAGUCAGAGAAUUGAUGAAUCCGAUGCUCAAGUCAGAAAACUGAAGGAAGAUCAUAUAACAGAACAGAUGAAGAUGGACGAAGAAAGAAAAAGUCUAGAAAAAUCCAAAGCUGAGAUCCAGGAGUUAAAGACUAAAGCUGAGCAAGAACAUCAUGAUAUAAACCUAAAAGCACAAGAGUUAAAAAUAUUGAAACAACAGAUUUUGAAAGAAAAAGAGAAAGAAGAAAUAACAGUAAAAGCAAAGAUUGAGAGAGAAGAACUUGAUCAGAUAAAGAGUGAAUUGGAGAGAGAGAAAACUGAAAUAGAUAAUGAGCAGAAAAAAUUGGAUGAUGACAGGAAGAUGAUUGAACUGGAAAGAAGGGACCUGGACAGGAUGAGGACUGAAAUAAUGACACAAAGACAUCAAAUGAAAGAAGACAUGACAGAGGCAAUCCAACUGGAGAGAUCAGCACUUGACCAGAAAACACAAGAGAUUGAUCUAGAAAAAGACACAAUUGAAAAGAACAAAGAAAUGAUUCAAAAAAUUAUGGAUGAGGUGGAGGAACAGAGACAUGAUAUUGCAAUCCAGAAAGAAGAGCUUGAACUUGAGAAACAAAAGAUCACAGAUGAAAAUGAUAUUUUGGAUGAAAGAAAGACUGAACUGCACAAUGAAGUUGAAAGAAUCAGAUAUAUGGAACAGGAAAUAAAGAACGAAAUGGAAAAACUGAAGGAAAUGGAAGCUCAUCUACAAAAGGACAAAGAUUUAAUUGAAAGUGUCAUUGAAGAAACAAAGAGACAAAAAGAGGAUCUGGAAAAGAUGAGAACGGACAUAAAUGAACAAAAACAAGAGUUGAAGAACUCCAGUGACCUUCUAGAACAAGAAAGAGGAGACAUUAAAAAUAAAUGGACAAAAUUACAGCAGAGAGUUGAUGAAUUUGAGGAUCAAGUCAGAAAACAGAAGGAAGAGGAUAUAAUAGAACAGAAGAAGAUGGAUGAAGAAAGAAGAAGUCUAGAAAAGACCAAAGCUGAAAUCCAGGAGUUAAAGACUAAAGCUGAGCAGGAACAUCAUGAUAUAAACCUAAAAUCACAAGAGUUAAACAUAUUAAAAGAACAGAUUUUGAAAGAAAAAGAGAAAGAAGAAAUAAAAGUAAAAGCAAAGAUCGAGAGAGAAGAACUUGAUCUGAUAAAGAGUGACCUGGAGAGAGAGAAAACUGAAAUAGACCAUGAGCAGAAGAAAAUGGACGAUGACAGGAAGAUGAUUGAACAGGAAAGAAAGGACCUGGAGAAGAUGAGGACUGAAAUAAUGACACAAAGACAUCAAAUGGAAGAAGAAAUGACAGAGGCAAUCCAACUGGAGAGAUCAGCACUUGACCAGAAAAUACAAGAAAUUGAUCUAGAAAAGGACACAAUUGAAAAGAACCAAGAAAUAAUUCAAAGAUUAAUGGAUGAGAUGGAGGAACAGAGACAUGAUAUUGCAAUCCAGAAAGAAGAGCUUGAACUUGAGAAACAAAAGAUCACAGAUGAAAAAGAUAUUAUGGCUGAAAGAAAGAAUGAACUGCAAAAUGAAAUUGAAAGAAUCAGAUCUAUGGAAGAGGAAAUAAAGAAUGAAAGAGAAAAACUGACGGAAAUGGAAGCUCAUCUACAAAAGGACAAAGAAUUAAUUGAAAGUGUCAUUGAAGAAACAAAGAGACAAAAAGAGGACCUGGAGAAGAUGAGGACGGACAUAAAUAAACAAAAACAACAGUUGAAGAACUCCAGUGACCUUCUAGAACAAGAAAGAGGAGACAUUAAAAAUAAAUGGACUCAAUUACAGCAGAGAACUGAUGAAUUUGAGGAUCAAGUCAGAAAAAAGAAGGAAGAGGAUAUAACAGAACAAAUGAAGAUGGAAGAAGAAAGAAAAAGUCUAGAAAAAUCCAAAGCUGAGAUCCAGGAGUUAAAGACUAAAGCUGAGCAGGAACAUCAUGACAUAAACCUAAAAACACAAGAGUUAAACACACUGCAAGGACAGAUUAUGAAAGAAAAAGAGAAACAAGAAGAAAUGAGAGUAAAAGCAAAGAUGGACAGAGAAGAACUUGAUCAGAUAAAGAGUGAACUUGAGAUAGAUAAAACUGAAAUAGAUAAUAAGCAGAAGAAAAUGGAUGAUGGCAAGAAGAUGAUUGAACAGGAAAGAAAGGACCUGGAGAAGAUGAGGACUGAAAUAAUGACAAAAAGACAGCAAAUGGAAGAAGACAUGAGAGAAGCAAUCCAACUAGAGAGAUCAGCACUUGACCAGAAAAUACAAGAGAUUGAUCUAGAAAAGGACAAAAAUGAAAAGAACAAAGAAAUGAUUCAAAGAUUAAUGGAUGAGGUGGAGGAACAGAGACAUGAUAUUGCAAUCCAGACAGAAGAGCUUGAACUUGAGAAACAAAAGAUCACAGAUGAAAAAGAUAUUCUGGCUGAAAGAAAGACUGAACUGCAAAAUGAAGUUGAUCAAAUCAGAUAUAUGGAAGAGGAAAUAAAGAAGGAGAGAGACAAACUGAAGGAAAUGGAAGCUCAUCUACACAAGGACAAAGAUUUAAUUGAAAGUCAGAGAAUUGAUGAAUCCGAUGCUCAAGUCAGAAAACUGAAGGAAGAUCAUAUAACAGAACAGAUGAAGAUGGACGAAGAAAGAAAAAGUCUAGAAAAAUCCAAAGCUGAGAUUCAGGAGUUAAAGACUAAAGCUGAGCAGGAACAUCAUGAUAUAAACCUAAAAGCACAAGAGUUAAACAUAUUGAAACAACAGAUUUUGAAAGAAAAAGAGAAAGAAGAAAUAACAGUAAAAGCAAAGAUUGAGAGAGAAGAACUUGAUCAGAUAAAGAGUGAAUUGGAGAGAGAGAAAACUAAAAUAGAUAAUGAGCAGAAAAAUAUGGAUGAUGACAGGAAGAUGAUUGAACAGGAAAGAAGGGACCUGGAGAAGAUGAGGAUUGAAAUAAUGACACAAAGACAGCAAAUGGAAGAAGACAUGACAGAGGCAAUCCAACUAGAGAGAUCAGCACUUGACCAGAAAAUACAAGAGAUUGAUCUAGAAAAGGACACAAUUGAAAAGAACAAAGAAAUGAUUCAAAGAUUAAUGGAUGAGGUGGAGGAACAGAGACAUGAUAUUGCAAUCCAGAAAGAAGAGCUUGAACUUGAGAAACAAAAGAUCACAGAUGAAAAAGAUAUUAUGGCUGAAAGAAAGAAUGAACUGCAAAAUGAAAUUGAAAGAAUCAGAUCUAUGGAAGAGGAAAUAAAGAAUGAAAGAGAAAAACUGAAGGAAAUGGAAGCUCAUCUACAAAAGGACAAAGAAUUAAUUGAAAGUGUCAUUGAAGAAACAAAGAGACAAAAAGAGGACCUGGAAAAGAUGAGGACGGACAUAAAUAAACAAAAACAACAGUUGAAGAACUCCAGUGACCUUCUAGAACAAGAAAGAGGAGACAUUAAAAAUAAAUGGACUCAAUUACAGCAGAGAACUGAUGAAUUUGAGGAUCAAGUCAGAAAAAAGAAGGAAGAGGAUAUAACAGAACAAAUGAAGAUGGAAGAAGAAAGAAAAAGUCUAGAAAAAUCCAAAGCUGAGAUCCAGGAGUUAAAGACUAAAGCUGAGCAGGAACAUCAUGACAUAAACCUAAAAACACAAGAGUUAAACACACUGCAAGGACAGAUUAUGAAAGAAAAAGAGAAACAAAAAGAAAUGAGAGUAAAAGCAAAGAUGGACAGAGAAGAACUUGAUCAGAUAAAGAGUGAACUUGAGAUAGAUAAAACUGAAAUAGAUAAUAAGCAGAAGAAAAUGGAUGAUGGCAAGAAGAUGAUUGAACAGGAAAAAAGGACCUGGAGAAGAUGA